AAAGAGACUGCAGCCACCGGGCAGCACAGGCUUUGCUACGGACCGCUCGCCUCCAGUCCGCUGCUGUGUCCAGAGCCACUCACUACCCGGGAAAGAUGGCACCGGUUGCAGGCAAGAAGGCCAAGAGGGGAAUCUUAGAACGUUUAAACGCUGGAGAAGUUGUGAUCGGAGAUGGAGGAUUUGUCUUUGCGCUGGAAAAGAGGGGCUACGUCAAGGCCGGACCCUGGACCCCGGAAGCUGCUGUGGAGCACCCGGAGGCAGUUCGCCAGCUUCACAGGGAGUUCCUCAGAGCCGGAUCAAACGUCAUGCAGACCUUCACUUUCUACGCCAGUGAAGACAAGCUGGAGAACAGAGGGAACUACGUGGCAGAGAAGAUAUCUGGGCAUAAGGUCAAUGAAGCUGCCUGUGACAUUGCCCGUCAGGUGGCUGAUGAAGGGGAUGCCUUGGUUGCGGGAGGGGUGAGCCAGACGCCUUCAUACCUCAGCUGUAAGAGUGAAACAGAAGUUAAAAAAAUAUUCCAGCAACAGCUGGAGGUCUUCAUGAAGAAGAAUGUGGACUUCCUCAUUGCUGAGUAUUUUGAACAUGUGGAAGAAGCUGUGUGGGCGGUAGAAGCAUUAAAAACAUCCGGUAAACCUAUAGCGGCUACCAUGUGCAUUGGGCCUGAAGGAGACCUGCAUGGAGUGUCGCCCGGAGAGUGUGCUGUGCGUCUGGUCAAAGCAGGAGCCUCCAUCGUGGGGGUGAACUGCCACUUCGACCCCACCACGAGCUUGCAGACCGUGAAGCUCAUGAAGGAGGGUCUGGAGGGCGCUCGGCUGAAGGCGUUCCUGAUGAGCCAGCCCCUGGCCUACCACACCCCCGACUGCGGCAAACAGGGAUUUAUCGAUCUCCCCGAGUUCCCCUUCGGCCUGGAGCCCAGAGUUGCGACCCGAUGGGAUAUUCAAAAAUACGCCAGAGAGGCCUACAACCUGGGCGUCAGGUACAUCGGCGGCUGCUGCGGAUUCGAGCCCUACCACAUCAGGGCGAUUGCUGAGGAGCUGGCCCCGGAAAGGGGUUUUUUGCCUCCGGCUUCAGAGAAACACGGCAGCUGGGGCAGUGGUUUGGACAUGCACACCAAACCCUGGAUCAGAGCAAGGGCCAGGAAGGAGUACUGGCAGAAUCUUCGGAUAGCUUCUGGCAGACCAUACAACCCUUCAAUGUCCAAGCCAGAUGCCUGGGGAGUGACCAAAGGGACCUCGGAGUUGAUGCAGCAGAAGGAAGCCACCAGUGAGCAGCAGCUGAAGGAACUCUUUGAGAAACAGAAGUUCAAAUCUGCACAGUAGCUGCAGGGCCACCAUUUGGGGUGAAUUCUUCUCUGUCUGGGCCACAGUGUACACAGAGAAGGAAGAGGUGGCUGAAAGGCAACGCUUGUGCCCAUACCAGCCUGUACCUAUGCUUGGCAUUAGCUAGACAAAAUAGAAUCACGCGUAGCAUUUUACAGUUAUAAGAGGAUGCUCUAGAAGUAUACUAGAAACCAAGAGAAGAAAAGUCCACAGUAAAUCCUAAACAGAUUUUCUAAGUGUCUGCCAUGUUAACAGACAUUCCAGAGAUCACUGCAGCAAAAAGACAAGUCACUCAGAUGUUAACCCCACUUCAGGUAGGAGGAUGGGACACAGUAGCCACUUAGGGACCACAUCAUAAACUGCACAGCAACCAACUUUAUCUAAGAUGCUACUAGCAGUGAACCACGGGGUCUUUGGAGUAUGACCCUUGUUAAGAAACAUUUUAUGUAAUAGCCCUGUAAAACAGAACAUAGAACCACAAGGAAGAAAUGAAUAAUCCAUUCUGGAAUUUCUGUUCUAUCCCUUUCCAUCCCAUUUCAUUAAUAAAGACACGCUGGUUGAAAAGC